AUUAAUAUUAUGUUAUGUUAUAUGUACAAUAAUACAGCAAUAAUAAUUAAUAUAUUCAUCCUUCGUCGUGCCGUGACGUUUCCUUUUGUGAUUUGUGUACAUUGUUGAUUACUAUUUGUUAAUUAUAUUCUUAUCGACUCGCACUUUGGAUUUGUUUGAUAAGUUUCUGAAGUAUAAUAUUUCACAUUGUUGGAGCAAUUUAUUGAUCGUCUCGCACAAUCGUGAACUGCACCGAACGACACGUCGACAAAGCACUGGUUUUGCGAUAGAAAAGUAUACUUGGAAUAAAAUAUAAAAACCGAAAAAAAAAAAAUGAGCGAUCGAGUCGACGACAAGAAGCCCAUACGAGUGUGGUGUGACGGAUGUUUCGACAUGGUCCAUUUCGGCCACGCCAACUCGUUGCGGCAGGCCAAAGCUCUGGGUCAAUAUUUGGUCGUCGGCAUACACACGGACGAGGAAAUAACCAGACACAAAGGUCCGCCCGUUUUCACGCAACAAGAAAGGUACAAAAUGGUUAGAGCGAUUAAAUGGGUCGACGAAGUGGUGGAAGAUGCGCCUUACGUCACCAAUUUAGAAACUCUGGAUCGGUACAACUGCGAUUUUUGCGUUCACGGAGACGAUAUUACGGUCACCGCCGACGGAGUCGAUACUUAUCAUUUAGUUAAAAAAGCUAAUCGAUACAAGGAAGUGAAACGAACUGAAGGAAUUUCAACGACGGACGUAGUGGGUCGUAUGUUGUUGAUGACUCGGCAACACUUUUACCGAGGCGAUAAAGAAUACAUAGUCGAAAAAGAACGUUCAUCAGUGAUGGGCCAAGAUUGUCUGGCCAAAAGUCCGUGGACUGGAUGUUCGCAAUUUUUACCGACCACAAAGAAAAUCAUACAAUUCAGCGAAGGCACGGAACCUAAGCCUACCGAUAAGGUAGUUUACGUUGCCGGAGCUUUCGACAUAUUCCACGUCGGCCAUUUGGACUUUUUGGAAAAAGCCAGUAAGUUCGGAGACUUCUUGAUUGUCGGUCUCCACACCGACCCUGUGAUAAACCGGUACAAAGGUUCCAAUUAUCCAAUUAUGAAUUUGCACGAACGAGUGUUGAGCGUUCUGGCGUGCAAAUAUGUAUCCGAAGUGGUAAUCGGAGCGCCGUACAGUGUGACGACCGAUUUGAUGAAUCAUUUCCAAGUGGACGUCGUUUGCCACGGCAAGACGUCUUUUCAGUUGGACAUUAACGGCCAAGACCCGUAUGCCGUGCCCAAAGCCAUGAACAAAUUUGUCAUCGUUGAUUCUGCAAACGACAUGACUACGGAAAAAAUCGUCGAGCGCAUAAUCAACAACAGACUUGAAUUCGAAGCGAGAAACCAAAAGAAAGAAGCCAAAGAAAUUGAAAUUAUCAAGCAGUUAGAAAAGGAAAAACAGAACUUGCGGUCGUGCUAGCCGAUUGUUUCUUUCUCGACGAACAAUGUACUUUCCUUAAACAAUAAUAUACUCUGUAUGUGUGUAUAUUGUUACUAUUUCUUACGUUUUCAUGUUACCCAUUUUAUUAUAUUUUUUUUCUCCCAACUCAAAUAAUUGUUGUAUGAUUUUUAUUUUAUUAUAUUAUUUAUUAUUGGA